GCUGCAGCGUCACCAGACGAGCCGGAGCGGUCCCGGCAGAGCAGCCGCUGCCACCGCCAACGAACCGGGUGCCGCGCGGGGUCCAGCAGCGCGCCGGGCAGCCGGGGCGGGGGGUGGGGGGCCCCAGCGGUCGGGCCGAGGGCGAGGCGACGCAGAGGAGGCUGAGCCCGCAGCGGGGCGGGGGCCGAGGGGGCGGGCCGGGGGCGGCCCCGGGCUAAUGGAGGCUCCGGAGCGGGCGGGUGGCGGGGAGCCCCCCGAGCCUGGCGGGCGGCCGGUACUGGGCCCGCGGGCCUUCGUCCCGCAGAAAGAGAUCGUGUACAACAAGCUUCUGCCCUACGCCGAGCGGCUGGACGCCGAGUCCGACUUGCAGCUGGCGCAGAUCAAGAGCAACCUGGGCCGGGCAGUGCAGCUCCAGGAGCUGUGGCCGGGCGGCCUCUUCUGGACGCGGAAACUCUCCACUUAUAUUCGACUUUAUGGGAGAAAAUUUAGCAAAGAAGAUCAUGUUCUUUUUAUUAAGUUAUUGUAUGAGCUGGUAUCAAUUCCAAAACUAGAAAUCAGCAUGAUGCAGGGAUUUGCCCGUCUCUUGAUCAACUUAUUAAAAAAAAAGGAACUUCUUUCAAGAGAUGAUUUAGAGUUACCAUGGAGACCACUUUAUGACAUGGUAGAAAGAAUAUUAUAUUCCAAGACAGAGCACCUGAGAUUAAAUUCAUUUCCUAAAAACAUUGUUCCCUUCAUCUUGAGAGAUUACAAGAAUCACAAAAGGUCACUAUACAGAUAUCACAGUUCUAUAGAAAAUGUUCUCAAAACCCUCGUGAAAAGCUGCCGACCAUAUUUUCCAGCAGAUGCAACAGCAGAAAUGUUAGAAGAAUGGAGGCCUUUAAUGUGUCCUUUUGAUGUAACAAUGCAAAAGGCCGUCAGUUAUUUUGAAAUAUUUCUUCCUACCUCCCUUCCUCCAGAACUGCAUCAUAAAGGUUUUAAACUUUGGUUUGAUGAAUUAAUUGGCCUUUGGGUUUCAGUGCAAAAUCUCCCACAGUGGGAGGGGCAAUUAGUAAAUCUCUUUGCUCGAUUGGCUACAGAUAAUAUAGGAUACAUAGAUUGGGAUCCAUAUGUACCAAAGAUAUUUACAAGAAUUCUGAGAAGCCUGAACCUCCCAGUGGGAAGUAGUCAAGUGUUAGUCCCAAGAUUUUUAACAAAUGCUUAUGAUAUAGGACAUGCUGUAAUAUGGAUCACCGCAAUGAUGGGUGGACCAAGUAAAUUAGUACAAAAACAUUUGGCUGGUCUGUUUAACAGCAUCACAUCUUUUUAUCAUCCUUCAAAUAAUGGGCGUUGGCUGAACAAGUUAAUGAAACUCCUUCAGCGGUUGCCAAAUAGUGUUGUUAGGAGAUUACAUCGUGAAAGAUUCAAGAAGCCCUCCUGGUUAACUCCUGUGCCUGAAAGCCAUAAGCUUACGGAUGAAGAUGUUACAGACUUUGUACAAUGCAUUAUUCAGCCUGUCCUCUUGGCUAUGUUCAGCAAAACUGGUAGUCUAGAAGCAGCCCAGGCGCUGCAGAACCUUGCACUCAUGAGACCGGAGUUAGUAAUACCUCCUGUGCUUGAAAGAACAUACCCUGCUUUAGAGACAUUAACAGAACCUCACCAGCUCACAGCUACUUUAAAUUGUGUAAUUGGAGUAGCCCGAAGUUUGGUAUCAGGCAGCAAAUGGUUUCCUGAAGGUCCAACACACAUGCUACCUCUGUUGAUGAGAGCAUUGCCUGGGGUAGAUCCAAACGACUUCAGUAAAUGCAUGAUCACAUUCCAAUUUAUAGGAACAUUUUCUACUCUGGUGCCUUUAGUAGACUGUUCAUCUGUACUGCAAGAAAGAAAUGACCUCACAGAAAUUGAAAAAGAACUUUGUUCAGCAACAGCUGAAUUUGAGGAUUUUGUGUUACAAUUUAUGGACAGAUGCUUUGGACUAAUAGAAAGUAGCACAUUGGAGCAAACAAGGGAAGAGACAGAAACAGAGAAAAUGACUCAUUUGGAGAGUUUGGUUGAAUUAGGCUUGUCUUCUACGUUUAGUACAAUCCUCACACAAUGUUCCAAAGACAUAUUUAUGGUAGCCCUUCAGAAGGUCUUUAACUUUUCUGUCUCACAUAUAUUUGAAACAAGAGUUGCAGGUCGCAUGGUGGCAGACAUGUGCCGAGCUGCUGUAAAGUGUUGCCCAGAAGAAUCCCUGAAGCUCUUUGUUCCCCACUGCUAUGGUGUUAUAACUCAGCUUACAAUGAAUGAUGAUGUACUGAAUGAAGAAGAGCUAGACAAGGAGUUGCUAUGGAACCUUCAGCUUCUGUCUGAGAUUACUCGUGUGGAUGGGAAGAAGUUACUUCUAUAUAGGGAGCAGCUUGUAAAGAUUCUCCAACGAACCUUACACCUGACCUGUAAGCAAGGCUACACACUGUCUUGCAACCUUUUGCAUCAUCUUCUUCGUUCUACGACACUAAUCUACCCCACAGAGUACUGCAGUGUUCCAGGUGGCUUUAACAAGCCGCCUUCUGAAUACUUCCCUAUCAAGGACUGGGGAAAGCCUGGAGAUCUGUGGAAUCUGGGGAUACAGUGGCAUGUUCCUUCUUCAGAGGAGGUCUCUUUUGCCUUCUAUUUGUUACAAUCCUUUCUUCAGCCUGAGCUUAUCAAACUCCAGCGUUGUGGAGAUGGAGAACUUGAAAUGUCUAGAGAUGAUAUUCUACAGAGUCUGACUAUAGUACACAACUGCUUGAUUGGUUCAGGGAACCUUCUACCUCCACUGAAAGGAGAGCCAGUUACUAACUUGGUACCAAGUAUGGUGUCCUUAGAGGAAACAAAAUUGUAUACCGGACUGGAACAUGACCUAUCCAAAGAAAACCACCGAGAAGUAAUUGCUAGUGUCAUAAGGAAACUUCUUAGCCACAUACUUGAUAAUUCAGAAGAUGAUACCAAAUCGUUGUUUCUUAUCAUAAAGAUCAUUGGAGACCUUCUGCAAUUCCAAGGAUCUCAUAAACAUGAAUUUGACUCUCGCUGGAAAAGCUUUAAUUUAGUAAAGAAAUCAAUGGAAAAUCGGCUCCAUGGAAAAAAGCAACAUAUCAGAGCACUACUAAUUGACAGAGUGAUGCUGCAGCACGAGUUGCGAACACUAACUGUUGAGGGUUGUGAGUACAAAAAAAUACAUCAAGAUAUGAUCAGAGAUCUUCUUCGAUUAUCAACAAGUUCAUACAGUCAGGUCAGAAACAAAGCUCAGCAAACAUUUUUUGCUGCUUUAGGAGCCUAUAACUUCUGUUGCAGAGAUAUCAUCCCCUUGGUUUUGGAGUUCUUACGGCCUGAUAGAAAGGAUGUCACACAGCAGCAGUUCAAGGGCGCCCUAUAUUGUCUACUUGGAAAUCACAGUGGCGUGUGCCUGGCAAACCUUCAUGACUGGGACUGUAUUGUGCAGACUUGGCCAGCACUUGUUUCUUCAGGACUUAGCCAAGCAAUGUCACUGGAAAAGCCAUCAAUAGUGAGACUAUUUGAUGACCUUGCUGAAAAGAUUCAUAGACAAUAUGAAACAAUUGGCUUAGACUUCACAAUUCCAAAGUCAUGUGCUGCAAUAGCAGAAUUACUUCAACAAUCAAAGAAUCCUUCCAUUAGCCAGACACUACUUAGCCCAGAAAAGAUUAAAGAAGGACAGAAGCGUCAACAGGAUAAGAAUGCUGAUGCCGUAAGGAACUAUGAAUGUUUGGUAAAUACUUUACUAGAUGGUGUGGAGCAAAGAAAUCUGCCUUGGAAAUUUGAGCAUAUAGGAAUCGGGCUUCUGUCUUUACUCCUAAGGGAUGACAGAGUGUUGCCUCUUCGUGCCAUACGUUUUUUUGUUGAAAAUCUCAACCAUGAUGCAAUCGUUGUUCGAAAGAUGGCUAUCUCAGCUGUUGCUGGUAUUCUCAAGCAGCUAAAGAGAACUCACAAAAAGCUGACCAUCAACCCUUAUGAAAUCAGUGGAUGUCCUAAACCUGCCACAGUUCUUGCUGGUGAUAGACCUGAUAACCAUUGGUUGCAUUAUGAUAGCAAAAAUAUACCAAGAACAAAAAAAGAAUGGGAGUCAAGUUGCUUUGUUGAAAAAACUCACUGGGGAUACUACAACUGGCCAAAGAACAUGGUUGUUUAUGCUGGUGUGGAAGAGCAGCCUAAACUUGGCAGAAGCAGGGAGGACAUGACAGAGGCAGAACAGAUUAUAUAUGAUCGUUUUUCUGACCCUAAGUUUGUUGAGCAGUUAAUCACAUUUCUAUCUUUAGAAGACAGAAAAGGAAGAGAUAAGUUUAGUCCCCGGCGCUUCUGCCUCUUUAAGGGUAUAUUUAGAAAUUUUGACGAUGCUUUUUUGCCUGUUCUGAAGCCCCAUUUAGAACGUUUGGUUGCAGAUUCUCAUGAAAGUACCCAGAGAUGUGUUGCAGAAAUUAUAGCUGGUUUAAUCAGAGGUUCUAAGCAUUGGACGUUUGAGAAGGUGGAGAAGCUUUGGGAGCUCCUAUGUCCGCUGCUGAGAACAGCACUGUCCAACAUGACAGUGGAGACGUACAAUGACUGGGGAACCUGUAUAGCCACAUCCUGUGAAAGCAGAGAUCCCCGGAAGCUUCAUUGGCUUUUUGAGCUGCUCUUGGAGUCACCAUUGAGUGGUGAAGGGGGGUCCUUUGUAGAUGCAUGCCGACUCUAUGUGCUACAAGGUGGCCUUGCCCAGCAAGAAUGGAGAGUCCCUGAACUAUUGCACAGACUUCUGAAGUACCUGGAACCGAAACUCACCCAGGUUUACAAAAAUGUCAGAGAAAGGAUAGGGAGUGUUCUGACCUACAUAUUCAUGAUCGAUGUUUCUUUGCCAAAUACUGCUCCAACAACAUCUCCUUGUAUCCCUGAGUUUACUGCGCGAGUCCUAGAAAAACUGAAACCUCUCACAGAUGUGGAUGAAGAAAUUCAGAACCAUGUCAUGGAAGAAAAUGGCAUUGGUGAAGAAGAUGAACGGACUCAGGGCAUUAAACUCUUAAAAACCAUAUUGAAAUGGCUUAUGGCAAGUGCAGGAAGGUCAUUUUCUACAGCAGUCAAAGAGCAGCUUCAGCUUCUGCCUCUGUUCUUUAAGAUCGCCCCAGUGGAAAAUGACAAUAGUUAUGAUGAGUUGAAAAGAGAUGCAAAGCUCUGUUUAUCACUAAUGUCUCAGGGGUUGCUCUACCCUCAGCAAGUGCCUUUGAUACUUCAGGUGCUAAGCCAGAGUCAGUGUGUAGCCCUAACUGGCCCAGAAUUCACCAACCAGAGCUGGCCUGUAACUCACAAACAUCUACCUGCUUCUGUCUCCCAAGUGCUGGGAUUAAACAUGUGGGAUCAAAUGUGUGGUAUCGUAUCAGGCCUCUGAAUUUUUUCGUUUUCUUUGACCAAACAACAACAACAAAAACAAAAAACCAAAACCAGGCUUUGAUUUAUACCUGGUUCAGCUGCCAAAUUCUGUAAAAGUAACUUUUAUUCACCUGGGGUAAUUGUCAUCUCAGAGACUCACUGCCUCCGUCUGCUAACUUAGAUCUAGUCUUGGAAGCUUCUAGCCUCCGUGCAAUCUAGACCUAGAAUGUUUUCAGCCUCUGAGACUUAAUGCUGAAUAAGCUCAUGCCUUCCUAAUUCUUUCUGAUUUCUCACUGCCUGGUUCAACUCAGCUGUUCUGACUCAAAACUCCUCUCCGACCUGACUGAUUGAAUCUGGCUUCUCUCUGCUUCUCCUGAGUUUCUGUGAUUGGCCUCACACUAAGUUGGGCAAUCUUCUAAUCUUCUGGCUCCUUUUCAUUUUCUGUCUCAUUCUGUCUUCAUUUGUGUCUAGCUUGUUCUCUCUCUCUGCAACCUGUCUCUGUACAAACUCUAAGUAAAGCUGCUUCAUUGUGCUGUUCUCUCUUUUUCUCUGUUCCUGUGAGAGUUGGGCAUAUCCUAUUCUGUCAAAUCAUUCUCUGAUUUGUCACUUUGUCUGCCACUCAGUUAAACAUCACUUAUAAAAGAAAGCUUCCUUCUACAAACUAACUUUACCUUCAUUGUUUGGAAUUAAAGGUGUGUGCUAAGGGUGUGUCUGUAUUCCAGCCAAAUGGAUUAAGGGUGUGAGCAAUUAGAAACAGGUUUUUCCAGUAAACAACACAAUCUUGGGGUUCAGAGUAUGAUUUAAUAUCCUGCAACAGACUUCUUAGAAUUUAGGCGAGUUCAAGAGAUGAUGUGUUAAAAUGUAUUAAUACCAGGUGUUAAUGAAGAAAGGAUCUGUCAUUCUCUCUUGCCAUUUUCCUUCCUGGUUUGUGACAGACACUUAACAGCGGUUCAGGUACUAAGACUUCAUUGCAAAACAGUCACAGAGCAGAGCCAGUCAUACACACUAUAGAAAAAGUAAGGCUGUUCUUGCAGUUUUCACUGAAAAAUAUUUCCCAACGAUCUAAAGUGAUAUUUUUGAGGCAUGGGAUUUAGUCAUUCUAUUUAUUUAAUUAUUUAAUCAGUCAUUAUUUAACUGUAAUGACUGACCACAGCUUCUUAUUUCUACCUUGUUCCCAAUUGAGAAACAAACAAACAAUUAUAGUGACUAGAGAAUCAAUAUGAAACGUACCAGUAUUCCUUUAGGAAUUAGAUGAUGAAUACUUCUUCCAGGUUGGGAGGGGGGCUGAGAAUUCCUUCUGUAAUGGCUGUCAGUAGAGGGGUAAUGUUGUCUAUCUGUACAAACUGCAGCGACCUCUCCUUCUGUACCUACUUGCUCUUCAGCUGACUCUGCAGAUCUUGGAUUUGGAAGCCGACAGACCUGAAUUCAAACUUUAUUGCCUUAUGAACUUGUAUUUUACUCACUUGUAUGACUUCUGAAGACUCAUUUAAUCUUCCCACCCAUCAGUUUCCUCAAGAAGUUGGAAUUGUUUUUCCACCUGAUCUCAAGGAGCCCCUUAAUCCUUCACUUUUCUGCUUCCUGUCCUUAUGUCCUUCCUGUUUAUUCUGAUGUCUUCUCUUUUUCUCCCUCCUUUCCUUUCUCUUUCCCACUUUUCAAAUAUUUCUUAUGUACCUUACAUAUUCCAUGAUAGGAAGUAAAGCAAUAUAGCUCCAGUUGUCAUGAAAGUCUUGUAUAGAUCCUCACUGCCUAGAAUGCCAUUGUGUUAAAAAGAGUGUUGUCUCUUCCCUUAAAAUUUUUUUUUAUUCUACCCUGUGUUAAAUAAAUACUAAAGCUAACUAGCAUUUUAAAAAUAUUUUUCAUUUGUGAAAUUAUAAUUACACUAUUUUUCUCUUCUCUUUUAUCCCAGCAAAGUUGACUAUAUAACAACCCUCCUUGCUCUCUUUCAAAUUCAUGACCUCUUUUUUUCUUUUCCAGUGUAUGUGGGUGUCCAAAUACAUAUGAACAGGCUAACCAUUUAUUGUUUUUAUAUACUUAGUUCGUUUGUUUGUUUGUUUUUCAUCCCUUUCCUCCAACUCCUCCCAUAUCUUCCCUACCCAAUUUCACAUCCCUCCCACCCACAAAACAAAAGCUAAAAAUUAUAACAAACAUAAGACUUACCAAACUAAAAUAGAAACAAAAGCCUACCCGCCCACCCACCCACCCCACCUCACCCACCCUCCCACCUCACCCACCCCCCCCCCAAAAAAAGGACUCCAUUUUGUGUUAGCCAAUUACCCCUGACACUAUUAGGGAAAACUGUUUUUCUUUUUCCUAGUAGGCAUCAACUGCCGAUAGCAUCUUAGAUAGGGGUUAGUCUAUGUGCCCACUUCCCCUACUCCAUUUUGGGACUUUGUCUGGUUUGAACAUGUACACAUCCCGUCACAACAUUCUUUCUGAAUUCAUAUGUGCAUCAGUCCUAUUGUGUCUGGAAGAUUCCAUUUCCUUGGAACCAUUUACCACCUCUCACUCUUAAAAUCUCUUCAUCUCUGAGCCUUGGAAAUAGGUGUUUGAUGAAAGAAAGAGAGAGAGGGGGGUGUGGAGGGGGAGGGAGGAAAGAAGGAAGGAAGGAAGGAGGGAGGAAAGAGAAGGAAGGAAGGAGGGAGGGAUGAAGGAAGGAAGGAUGGAUGGAUGGAUGGAUGAAUCUCAUUUAGGAUUCGAUGCUUCAAAGCCUCUCACUUUCUGCACAUUGUCCAGUUGUGGGUGUGUGAUCCACUGCAAGAAGAAGCUUCUCUGAUGAGGAUUGAGCAGUGCACUGAUCCAUGGAUAUGGCUGUAUCAUUAGGAUUUGUUUUAUUCCUGUUCCUUUAACAGAGUAAUAGUGUGUUUUCCCUUAGAGCCUAUGCCUGUCUUGUCUGUUUCUUGAGUUUAGGUAAGGGACUAGGCAAGGAAGAGCAAAUAGGAUGUAGUACUAUAAAGAGAUAAAGGGAAAGCUAGACUAGGAGGAUUAAAUUGGGAGGGGGAUGUGGGGGUCAGAGACUAUGAGAAGAGAUAACUAAGGCCUUUUGAAAAGCCAUAUGAAAACCUAUCAUUGUAGAAGCUUUCUAAAAUAUUUGCGUAUAAGUAUUUAAAUGGAGUCAUCAUAUAUGAUGGAGACGAUUCCCCAGAUAAAUUAACCUGCUAAACCAGUUAAAACCUGCAAAGCCAAGAAUGGGUUACAAUUUAUUAAGUUGUUGGCCAAAAGGAUUUAUAGACACCUCCCCCUAAGUCAUGAUAGGCUGUUGCCAAAGAAAGAUGUUGGCUCAUCUCCACAAUCUGAUUGGAAGAGACUCUUGCUGAAGACCACACUUCUGUCAGCCAACGUCAAGAGAUAGAUCCAGUUUUUAACCAGAAGCUUUAACCCUACUGUCUUUGUUCAUGGUACUUGGAAAGCACUCUGCACACUACCAGAGGAGGAAAGUAAUCAUCAGAACCACCCAGUCACUGCAAGCCCUGAGACCUAUAGCAGAAGACCUGCCUGCAAGACAUUCUGAUGUAGUAGUGGCACAGAUGUGAUGGGAGGAACCAACCAUUUUUUAUUUAAGUCCAUUGCAUGAGAUGGAGUACAUACUGACAUGAAUGGUUCAUAUUCUUUUUGUUUUCCAUGCCCUAUCUACUACUAUGGAAAGUAAAAUAAAGUAAUAUAUGAUACUUGGA